AUGUCACGUGUUGGGCUCUUCCCAUCCAAGAACAUGCCCUCCUUCUCUAGCUGUGGUACUUGCGUCAUCGUCCUCCGCUUCUCUAAGGCUGGUGCUGCGAGCUUUGAGUCUUUGGCGGAGAUGAACAGCCAACAGGCCAGGGGCCCGCGAUUGGAAGAUUCCAUUUACUGGGAGGGAACGAGAAAGCAAGAACAGGCCAAAAUGGGAGGAAGGGAUGCUAAUAGAGACAAAGAACGCACAGAACCAGAAGCACAGGCUGGUGAGAUACAUUCAACCGCACGCGCAAGACGCUCUGAACAUGGAUCUCCUCAAGCAAGCAAGCAUCGAGCGUUAUUCAAUGAAUAG